GGCGGGGGUAGGUGGCGGCAGCCGGUCGGUGGUUUUACGGAGCUGUGUUGGGUGUCGGCUGCUGGAGCUGUCUGUGAAGAUGUCCGGGCGCGGGAAGCAGGGCGGGAAGGCGCGCGCCAAGGCCAAGUCGCGCUCGUCGCGGGCCGGGCUGCAGUUCCCCGUGGGCCGCGUGCACCGGCUGCUGCGCAAGGGCAACUACGCGGAGCGGGUGGGCGCCGGCGCCCCGGUGUACCUGGCGGCCGUGCUGGAGUACCUGACGGCCGAGAUCCUGGAGCUGGCGGGCAACGCGGCCCGCGACAACAAGAAGACGCGCAUCAUCCCGCGCCACCUCCAGCUGGCCAUCCGCAACGACGAGGAGCUCAACAAGCUGCUGGGCAAGGUGACCAUCGCGCAGGGCGGGGUGCUGCCCAACAUCCAGGCCGUGCUGCUGCCCAAGAAGACCGACAGCCACAAGGCUAAAGCCAAGUGAACGCCGAACAAACAACGCCCGGGAACUUUUUCCCAGAGAGACCCAAAGGCUCUUUUCAGAGCCACCCACUAGAUCACUAAAGAGCUAAAUUACUUUUAAGUGUGUUUGCAAACGCUUAAGAAGCACUGAUGGUAUUGCUCUUCUUAAUAGUA